AUGACAGAUGUGGACAAGAAGGAUCCGCAAUACAAGCAGAUCUUUCUGGAGCGUUUCCGCAAGAAACUGCAGUCGGACAAGACGGGCAUGAGCGACUUGGAGAGCUUUGUGGAGCUGCCAGAGGGUAUCACGCCGGUGGCGGCGUCCAUUGGUCCUAUCAAGCGAGGUAGUGAGCCGCUCCCGCCGUGGUUGAAGCUGAAUGUGCCGAAGGGUAUGACGCACCGCCCUCGGUUCAACCGCAUCCGUCGCAGCAUGCGCGAGAAGAAGCUUUCCACCGUGUGCGAGGAGGCCAAGUGCCCUAAUAUUGGGGAGUGCUGGGGCGGCGGCGAGGACAAUGGAACGGCGACAGCCACCAUUAUGGUGAUGGGCUCGCACUGCACUCGGGGGUGUCGAUUUUGCUCUGUGCUGACAAGCCGUCGCCCACCUCCGCUGGAUCCGGACGAACCAGAGAAGGUCGCUGCUGCCGUGCACGAGAUGGGUGUGGACUACAUCGUAAUGACGAUGGUUGACCGCGACGACUUGCCUGACGGUGGCGCCUCGCACGUGAGCCGCUGCAUCCGCACCAUUAAGGAGCAAAAUCCGGAGUUGAUGCUGGAGGCCCUCGUCGGGGACUUCCACGGUGACCUGAAGGUGGUAGAGCAGUUAGCGGCUACCCCACUGAGCGUCUAUGCGCACAACAUCGAGUGCGUAGAGCGCAUUACGCCGCGCGUACGUGACCACCGCGCCACGUACAAGCAGUCACUGCAAACACUGGAGCACGUCACGAAAUGGACGAAUGGUAAGAUGCUCACGAAGAGCAGCAUCAUGCUCGGCCUCGGCGAGGAAGAGGAAGAGGUGCGGCAGACGCUGCGUGAUCUGCGCACGGCUGGUGUGUCAGCGGUAACCCUUGGCCAAUACCUACAGCCCUCACGCACCCGCCUGAAGGUGUCUCGCUAUGCCCACCCGAAGGAGUUCGAGAUGUGGGAGAAGGAGGCGAUGAGCAUGGGCUUCCUCUACUGUGCCUCAGGCCCAAUGGUGCGCAGCUCCUACAGGGCAGGCGAGUACUACAUCAAGAACAUUGUGAAGCAGCGCGAGAACGCCAAGGGUGCAACGACCAUGGAGGCCGUCACCGCUGCCGAUGCAGUUGCUGCUGGCGCGUGA